UAGACAUCACCAUCCCCAUGCCAUUUUCAUCCUCCUCUUCAUCGUCAUCACUAAACAUGGCCAAGCCACUCUCUCCCCCACCGUCCCUGCUCGUUCUCCUCCUCGUCCUCCUCGUCCUCGUAACUUGUCCCUACGCUCCCCAUGUCCGCGCGCACUGCAACUUCGGCGACAACCAGGGACGCCACUCCAAAGUGAAAGGCAUGUUCGUGUUCGGGAGCUCGCUGAUGGACAACGGCAACAACAACUUGCUCGGAAAGACGGCUAAGGCCAACUACAAGCCCUACGGCAUCGACUUCCCCCUCGGCCUGUUGGGCCGGUUCACCAACGGCAGGAACGUGGUCGACCUCCUCGGGGAGUACCUCGAGCUCCCCUCGCUGAUCCCGCCCUUCGCCGACCCCGAGACCAAGGGGCCCAAGGCCAUCAACGGCGUUGACUUUGCGUCCGGCGGCUCCGGCAUACUGGACGACACCGGCUCUAUCGUGGGACAAGUGACGAGCCUGAGCCAACAGAUCAGGAACUUCGAGGGAGUGACGUUGCCGGAUCUGGAAGCCCAGGUGGGUUGCCCGAGCGGCGAGUCGCUGCUGGGCAACCACGUGUUCGUGGUGGGGACAGGAAGCAAUGACUACACCUUCAACUACUUCUUGAGCGCCAACCGCAAGCACCCUCUCCUCCGGUCCUUCACUGCCAAUCUUAUCUCCUCUCUGUCUCUGGAGCUCCAGAAGCUGUACAAAUUAGGAGGGAGGAAGUUCGUGCUGAUGGCAAUAAACCCGAUAGGGUGUAGUCCCAUGGCGAAGGCAAGGUUGCCGAUGCGUGUCGGUUGCUUGCAAGUCUUGAACCAGGCAGCUCAUCUCUUCAAUGCCGAGUUGAAGUCGCUUGUUGAUGACCUGAAUGCGAAGCUCCCCGGUUCUCAUUUCGUCUUUGUCAACUCUUACAAGAUCGUUCAGGACAUUAUCAAGGACCCUACCUCACACGGAUUCAACGACACUACUUCGCCGUGCUGUGAAGUAGCAUCGUUUAAAGACGGAGGGAAUGGAGUGUCGUGCAAAAGAGGAGGACGAGUGUGCACGGACAGGAGCUCCUAUGUCUUCUUCGAUGGGCUGCAUCCGACAGAGGCUGUGAAUGUCCAGAUAGCAACCAAGGCUUUCACAUCUAAUCUCACUACUGAAGUUUAUCCCAUCAAUGUCAAAAAUCUUGGCGAAGCGUAGUUAUGUCAGCUUCCUUUUGUCUGCCUCUUGUAUGAAGGUUGUAACCCCCAAAUUAGCUAAUUCGGGUUAAGAGAGGACGUCUUGCUGUUUCCUUGG